CUAAGAUUACACUUCUUCUGGGCUGCUAACUCAUUGAGUCAGUGCUGCAUCUGCUGAGAACAUGUCAUCCAUAUUGCCGUUCACUCCACCAGUUGUGAAGAGACUACUGGGAUGGAAGAAAUCAGCUGGUGGCUCUGGAGGAGCAGGUGGUGGUGAGCAGAAUGGUCAGGAGGAGAAAUGGUGCGAGAAAGCAGUGAAAAGCUUGGUCAAGAAGUUAAAAAAAACAGGACAAUUAGAUGAGCUUGAAAAAGCCAUCACCACUCAGAACUGCAAUACAAAAUGUGUUACAAUACCAAGCACUUGCUCUGAAAUUUGGGGACUGAGUACACCAAAUACGAUAGAUCAGUGGGAUACAACAGGCCUUUACAGCUUCUCUGAACAAACCAGGUCUCUUGAUGGCCGUCUACAAGUAUCUCACCGUAAAGGAUUACCGCAUGUUAUUUACUGCCGCUUGUGGCGUUGGCCAGAUCUUCACAGUCAUCAUGAACUUAAAGCAAUUGAAAACUGUGAAUAUGCUUUUAAUCUUAAAAAGGAUGAAGUAUGUGUAAAUCCUUACCACUACCAGAGAGUGGAGACUCCAGUCCUGCCUCCUGUAUUAGUGCCACGGCAUACUGAGAUCCUAACGGAACUGCCUCCUCUCGACGACUAUACCCAUUCCAUUCCUGAAAACACUAACUUUCCAGCUGGGAUAGAACCACAGAGCAACUAUAUACCAGAAACGCCACCUCCAGGAUAUAUCAGUGAAGAUGGAGAAACAAGUGACCAACAGUUGAACCAAAGCAUGGAUACAGGAUCUCCAGCAGAGCUGUCUCCCAGCACUCUCUCCCCAGUUAAUCAUAGCCUGGAUUUGCAGCCAGUUACUUAUUCGGAGCCUGCAUUCUGGUGUUCAAUAGCGUAUUACGAAUUGAAUCAGAGAGUAGGAGAAACCUUCCAUGCGUCACAGCCUUCACUGACUGUAGAUGGUUUUACAGACCCAUCAAAUUCAGAAAGAUUCUGUCUAGGCCUGCUCUCGAAUGUUAACAGAAAUGCCACAGUGGAAAUGACAAGACGACACAUAGGAAGAGGCGUGCGUCUGUAUUACAUUGGCGGUGAAGUUUUUGCUGAGUGCUUAAGUGAUAGCGCAAUCUUUGUUCAGAGCCCCAAUUGCAAUCAAAGAUAUGGCUGGCAUCCUGCAACUGUGUGCAAAAUCCCACCAGGAUGCAACCUGAAGAUCUUUAACAACCAGGAAUUUGCUGCUCUUCUGGCUCAGUCUGUGAAUCAGGGUUUUGAAGCAGUGUAUCAGCUAACUAGAAUGUGUACCAUAAGAAUGAGCUUUGUUAAAGGAUGGGGGGCUGAAUACAGACGGCAAACAGUAACAAGCACUCCUUGCUGGAUUGAACUUCAUCUGAAUGGACCUCUACAAUGGUUGGACAAAGUAUUGACACAGAUGGGCUCCCCUUCAGUACGCUGUUCCAGCAUGUCGUAAAACUCCCUUCCUCCGUUACCAGUGGACUAAAUAUCAAGUCCCGCCAACAGACUUAAUAUAACAGCUCGUCUGUCGUAGUAUUUGUGUGUGGUCCCCAUGAACUGUUUACUAUACAAAAAAGGUUUUUAAAGAAAAGAAAACAGCACUUGAGGUCUCAUCAAUUAAAGCACCUUGUGGAUUCUGUUUCCUAUACUCUGAUACUAGAUGAAAUUAGUGUAUAGAAACACCUUCUUCAGAAGGAAGAAGGGACAGUUCUAAAGACUCUUAAUGGUGUUUUAUUGGGUAUAUAAUUGAGUGUCCUAAAGGUUUAUCAAUAACAUGAAUAGUUAAGUAUACGUACAGGUAAAUCAGAAUAUUGUGCUGUUCUACUUUUUUUUUUUUUUAUGUUCCCAUAAGUAGACGUUCUGCUUUUUGAUUGAUUGGGGCAAAUCUCAUACAGUUCCAAGUCUCUUUACUCCUUUAUUCUUUUAUAUUUUUUAUAUACGCAGGUUUUCAAGUUGUCCUAAGGUUAAAAAGCAGACUUUCCUUGUAGAAACGCUUAACUUUCUUGCUGCGUUCUUUAGAAAAAAACACAAAAAAAAUUCCUCCUUUGGAAGGCAAAGAAAUUGCCUGAGUUAGGUCUUUGAAAUCUUAGACACUUUGUAUGCUUAAUGAGGCCUAAAAUAAAUUUAUUUUGUAAAUUCUGAGCAUCCAUCACACUAGGAGUCUACUUCUUCCCUACCCAUCCAAGUUAAUGCAUCUAUUGCCGGCAAUAGAGGCACUGACACUGCCAGCACCAAGACAUUUGUGACUUUUUUUUUCUUGUACCUCAAAUCAUUAAAGCAAAUACUUUUUUAUGAAAUGAGAAUGUAUAUUAGUAUUGAAUACUUGUGUAAACACACAAGCUUAUUGGCUUACCCCUUAAAUCUCUCUUAACUAGAAAUGUCACUAAAAUCUUGAUUUUUAUUUUAUGACGCCAAAAACCCUUGAAACAACUUUUCCCAGGGAUAAUCUAGACUCUUCCAUGUAGGUUUUAAAUAGAUGCAGCUUUUUAACCUAUUUCAAUAACAAAACUUAAAACUUGAUCUGAGUGGCUUUGUAUGGCUUAGUUACAUACCAGAUCAUAUACAUUCAUUAUGCCAUAAUGGGCCUUGUUGUAAAAGUAGUUGCUUCUGCAAAACCUCUAGGAUAGUGGUUGCUGAGGUAUGACCAGCAAAGGAAGACUUCUAGGUUCUUCAUUACAGCGCAUGUUAUUGUGAACCCUUGGACACUACAGUCACACCAUACUUAAAAAUUAUUCUGAAUUAUAUUCUACAAAUAAGUCUGGGUUGGGGAAGGGCUGGGAAACUGUAUAGAAGGGUUAUUCUGACUUGAAAAAUAUACAUCUUACUAACAAUCUUGUGAUCUAGCUGUCUGUCAUUCUUUUGUUAUUGUGGCAGUAGCAGGAUUGCCUUUUGUCUGUUUUUCCCAUUGUUUCAUCCAUUACACUAGUACUGUACUUUGUAAGUACAGCUAGUGAUAACUUAGCUUUGAGAACAAAAAUGUGGCCAGUGUUACAACUUUUAAUCCAUUGACUGAAUUAAAGAUAGUGAUGGAUAUUUUUAUGCCAUACAUAACAAAUACGGCAUAGAAGCAAUACCAAAAAUUAAGCCUUGAAAAAGUGGGCCAGAUAAUUUUUUAAAAUUGGCAAAGCAGUUACCAGUUUGUGCUAGUUUUACCAGUAGACUAAUGCAUUGGUAGAACUUGUGAACCUAAGAAAUAAGCUUCAUGCGUGUUGCAUUUGCCUAAUAUGUGAAUACACUAAUAAAAGUUUUAAUUCUCAUGAUGGUGGUUUU